AUGUCCCUCACCCCUCCUCCCCCUCUGUAUGUUAUAAACACAGUGAUGUCCCUCACCCCUCCUCCCCCUCUGUAUGUUAUAAACACAGUGAUGUCCCUCACCCCUCCUCCCCCUCUGUAUGUUAUAAACACAGUGAUGUACCUCACCCCUCCUCCCCCUCUGUAUGUUAUAAACACAGUGAUGUCCCUCACCCCUCCUCCCCCUCUGUAUGUUAUAAACACAGUGAUGUCCCUCACCCCUCCUCCCCCUCUGUAUGUUAUAAACACAGUGAUGUACCUCACCCCUCCUCCCCCUCUGUAUGUUAUAAACACAGUGAUGUCCCUCACCCCUCCUCCCCCUCUGUAUGUUAUAAACACAGUGAUGUACCUCACCCCUCCUCCCCCUCUUUAUUGUUAUAAACACAGUGAUGUCCCUCACCCCUCCUCCCCCUCUGUAUGUUAUAAACACAGUGAUGUACCUCACCCCUCCUCCCCCUCUGUAUGUUAUAAACACAGUGAUGUCCCUCACCCCUCCUCCCCCUCUGUAUGUUAUAAACACAGUGAUGUCCCUCACCCCUCCUCACCCUCUGUAUGUUAUAAACACAGUGAUGUCCCUCACCCCUCCUCACCCUCUGUAUGUUAUAAACACAGUGAUGUCUCUCACCCCUCCUCACCCUCUUUAUUGUUAUAA